AUCCGCUCCAUCGAAGCAACUCAGGCCUUUUCUCUUCUUUCAUCAAAACAUCGCAGUCUAAGUCGCAACAAUCGCAUAUCUAGCCGUGCUUCUUCUCCGAUCGUGAAAAGUCUCCUAAUCAUUAGUUAACGCGCUUCAAUCGACUUGCGCAGCAUGGCCGAAUAUUCGUCACUCAAGGUGCCCGAGCUGAAGAAGCUGCUGGCUGAGAAGGGUCUGCCUCAGACGGGCAACAAGGCGGAUCUUAUUGCAAGGCUCCAAGAGAACGAUCGAACCUCCGAACCCGCUGAGAAGCCCGCUGAGAACAAGGAGGAUGAAAUCAGCUACAGUGAUGACGAGGCUCCUGCUGAACCCGCCGCUGCCGCUCCUGUAGCCGCCUCUGAGCCUGUUGCUGAGGUUCCUGCCACUGAGGCUGCACCCGCCGAGGCCGCCAAGGCCGAGGAGACGACAGCAGAGAAGCCCGCGGAGACAGCGGAGGCUCCUGCUGAGCCCGAGAAGUCUUAUGCCAUCGGUCUACAAUCCACCGCUGCCGACGACGAAGCCAAGAAACGUGCCGAACGUGCCAAGCGGUUCGGUAUUGAGGAGGACGAGGACGCGAAGAAGCGCGCCGACCGUGCGAAACGAUUUGGCCUCGACGAAAAGGAACUUGCUACUACUCUUGACUCGGCACUCCCAGAGCGCUCGCGAAAGCGAGGCCGGGAUCGCACCACUGAAGGUGAAGGAAACCGCCCUGGGAAGCGACAAAGCCUGGACAGAAGAAACGGUGGUGGCGGUCGACGACGCGGCCGUGGUGGUCGAGACGGCGGUCGUGAUGGUGGCGCCCGAAAGGAGAAGACGUCUACCAGAAGUGGUAUUCUUGACGACCCAACAGAGAAGGCCAAGGCAGAGAAGCGUGCUGCUAGGUUCGCUGGAAACUAAUAGUUCUCAUGGUAACCAACGCGACACGAAAUUUGGCAAGUAAAAAGGCUACCAAUUGAGGAUCGGAUGAAACUGGGCAGAGCAGCAGACUUACGUGAAUGGACCAUUUCUACUUGUACAACAUUCUUAUUUUCAUAUUCAGGCGCAGACUAUCAAGGAUAAAUGAAUAAAGAGGAAAUCGGCGUCUUCGGUUCGACCAAUGUCCACUAUCAAUCAGAAUCUUGAGGUCCAUGGUAAGUUCUCUGUCUCUAGAUCUAACCAGUUGUGAUGAGCAGCCUCGGUAAGAGUCCCGGAGAAGACAAGCCGAUGCAAGGCAGCCAAAUGGAAGAACAAUAAAAAAUCGUCAAUUCGCAGGUCCUCAAACGGCUAGUCUUUGCAUAUAG